AUGGCGGUCCAAAAUCAGAUGCAGCCUUGCAAGUGCGUCCGCUUGUGUGGACCUCUCCCGCUGCCUUCGAAUCUGAGAACAAACCCAGACCGGAGGUUGCGUCUAGGCGAGUUGAACCUGUCGAGCAACUGCGACGAGGUGGCUGCGCCAGAUGACCUAAUAAACAUAAUUUAUGGCCCCCUGAGACCGAAAUGCGCCGCCGAACCAUUGGAUGUGGACGUGGAAGAGGUGAUUGUGCACCCUGAGUACAAGUACGACUUCGUGGAAGGGUUUCCCAACGACGCCCAUCUGCUUGCGUGGACUGCAGGCAGUCACGGCACCGAGCAGGAACAGCAGGGCACCGUCAAGGUGGCUGGAUUGGGCAUGACAGAAAUGGAGCAGGGUCCAAAGAGCAACGAGCUGAGGCAGAUGCCAGUGAAACGGGUGCCUCGGCAUAUUUGCAGAGAUGAGCACAGAGUGAUGGUGCGGGACACCUGCCAGAAAUGCGCCGGAUCGAGGAACGGAAGCGCUUGCAUGGGUGACAGCGGUGGACCACUUCUCCUGCAGACGUCGCUGGUCGGUGUGGUAGGUUUUGGAGUGUCCAAAUGCGGACCCUCAGACGUUCCCAGCGUCUUUUCCCAUUUGUCUUGCUAUAUCUUCAUUGGAUCACAAUCAGACUAG